UUUCUUCCUGCCACACUUUUCUGGUAUAUUAACAAGGGAGGCUGUUUUAUACCUCACUCACAGAGAUCUCCUCUCCUGGCAGUUCUUUAUAGCAGCCAUGUCUAUCCUCUUGAUGAACUAUCCAGAACAAAGAACAAAUUGUCCUCAUACGAAAAAGCCGGUCUUGAAACUCUUCCUAAAGCAGGAUGUUGGAGAACUACAGGCUUGUUCUGCUAUUAUCCAAGGAGACGUCGACGGAGUGGACAGGGACAUUUUCAGGAAGCUCCUGACCUCGAAAAAAAGAACAUCUCUGCUAUCCGAGUCAUUCUAUCUCAACGCAACCAAGGAUUGUCCAUCCUACAUCCAAGACAGAGGGUUUCUGACGGUUUCUCUCAGUAAAGAGGAGAAAGAUUUCCCUAUUGCUUACUCCAUGGUGAUCCAUGAGAAGAUUGAGAUGUUUGAAAGGCUCUUAAGAGCCAUUUACACUCCUGACAAUGUGUACUGUGUUCAUGUGGACCAGAGGUCUCCUGAGAUCUUUAAAGAAGCAGUUAGGGCCAUUGCGUCCUGCCUGAAAAAUGUGUUUGUGGCCAGCAAACUGGAGAAUGUGAUCUACGCCUCCUGGUCUCGAGUUCAAGCGGACAUCAACUGCAUGCAGGAUCUGCUCAAGUCACCUGUCCAGUGGAGGUAUCUGCUCAACACCUGUGGCACUGAUUUCCCCAUCAAAACCAAUGCAGAAAUAGUUGAGUCUCUAAAACACCUGAAUGGAAGGAACAGUUUGGAGUCCGAGGUUGUAGAGUCCAAAAAUGGGCGCUGGCAGUAUCAUCAUACCGUUUCGAACGGUGUGUCUCGGACCGAUAUUAAAAAGUCACCCCCGCCAAUACAGAGCCCUAUGUUCGCAGGAAAUGCUUACUUUGUGGUUUCAAGAGAGUUUGUGGAACACAUCUUUAAAACCAAAGAGAUUCAAGAAUUCAUGGAAUGGGAGAAAGACACAUACAGUCCAGAUGAGCACAUGUGGGCUACGUUACAGCGGAUGCCUUCAGUACCAGGAUCCAACCCUCCGAACAGAAAGUAUGAGCAAUCGGACAUGAACGCAAUUGCUCGUCUAGUGAAAUGGAGCUACCAUGAAGGGGAUUUAAAGAGAGGGGCUCCCUAUCCACCAUGCACUGGGAUGCACAGACGGGCGGUGUGUGUCUAUGGAGCUGGGGACUUGAAAUGGAUUGUGAGGCAACACCAUCUUUUGGCAAACAAGUUUGAUCCAGAAGUAGAUGAUGUAGCAAUCAAAUGUAUGGAGGCUUUUUUAAGGUACAAAGCUAUUUAUGGUCGAUCAUUACUAACAGUUGAAAAAUCUGACAUUAUUUUAUGAUGUUUUUAAUGUUUUAAAAUGUUUGUAAAUAUUAGAUAUAUGGAUCUUUUUUAUUUUUAUGAAAUGUGUUAAUAUGUAAAAUAAAUAUAUAUAUAUAUAUAUAUAUAUGUUUAAUACUUUCUAUGCAGGUCAUAUUAUUAUGAUGCUAAAAGUCAAUUAAAAUAUAAAUUAAAUUAUUAGUUUGGGUUUUAAAAAUCAUUUGUACUUUUUUGUACAGAAGCUUUCUUUGUGUUACACAUAAUACUUGAUAUAAAGAUGUGAUAUUAAUGAAUUUAAAUCAGAAUUAAAGUAUUAACAGAGAGUACAAAAAAGAAAAGAUCUCACAAGCAAAGGUAAGAGAUUAUGUAUAAUUUAGAUGUGUGUCUGUGACCAAAUGCAAACAUAUAAAUUCAUGAUAAACCAACUAAUGCUUGGUAAUGUAUAACAAAUACAUUACAAAUGCAAAUUUAUCUAAACAUAGAAGAAACGAUCUGAAACAUAAAAUUGAGUAAACACAGGAUGUGGUUAAUAUGUGACCAGAAGAGCAGUCAACCCAUGCACAGACAAAAGAAUUUCUUACACCUAUAUAAUGUCUUAAAAAACAGCUGUAUAAAUGUAUAGAUGCAUAUGUGUGAAGUCACAGCAAAAAAGUGUUGGGACACAGCUUUGGAAAAGAGACCCUUACAAAAAAGAAGUUUUUCAAGUGUGCUAUAAGUAUAAAGUAUAAGUAUAAAUUAUUAUUUCAGUCUACUUUUGAUGUACUUCUCAGAAAUAUACUUUAUGUAUUUCUACUGCUGUAUAUUUGGCAAAUACUUUAUUUAAUUAAAACCAUAAUUCAUUAUUCUAAGUA